AUGCCAACCUACGCUGAUACCGGUUGGGCACGUUCUCCGGAUAUCACCGGGGCCACCCCCGUGAAAAAGAUCCGAAACCGUCAAUCUGGUACUCCAUGGACUCGCUCGGGAUGCAUCACCUGCAAAAAGCGCCGCAAAGGUUGCGACAAAGCCAAGCCGAGCUGUAACAACUGCCUCAAGCAAGGUCGAACCUGCGAAGGCUAUGGAGAUCUCUGGGUGCAACCGUUGGGCCCGUCAGCGCAAGUCUUCAACCAAGCAGAAGAACAAAAACGACGACGGCUGAGUGUUUCCACGCCAUCUCAGCUCAUGUCCCCGGCACCAUCGCCCUCUUCAGAUUCAUGGAUGUACAUGCAACCUUCGCCUACUACAAUCUCGCUCUCCCCGAGUCCAUCUCAACCGUGUUCACCACGAGGACGAAUCAUCGAUUUGGAGGAACGCCCAGACCACGGAGACUACAUCGAUGAACACACGACACCUCUAUCAUCCGGCCAAAGUGAUAUUCUGACAAUGAUUCCGCGGCAACACAGCUUUAUCAGCCACUUGGGCGACCACGAGACUCAUUACCUACAAUAUCACGUGGAAUUCGGAUCCCGACUUCUCGCCAACCUCGAAAGUGACGACAACCCACUACGGUCCCUACUAAUUCCUCGCGCAAUUUCAUCGCCUCUUCUAAUGAAGGCUGUUUGCGCGCUCUCUGCUCUUCACCUUGCAAACCGCUCGGCGGGCUUCAGCGCACAAACUGCUGCGGCAGGUUUCUACGGCCGAGCCCUCAGCGGUAUUCGGACAGCAAUCGCCGAUAGCGCCACGAAUGGUCUCUCCGAUGAUACCAUGUUGGCAGUGGGGCUACUGUGCAAGUAUGAAGUUGUUCGUGGAAGUGUGAAGCAAUGGGUGGUUCACCUGAAUGCUUUACAGCGAUAUGUUUACGCCUAUAACAUGGCUCGAAUUAGCAAUCGCAAACGCAUCACUCCUAGCGAGGACUUUGCCACACAUACAGACCUGGGCCCGCCCAGAUUAGACAUAUACAUCGGGUACACCGAGCAGAUCUUGAAUCUCUGCGCAAGCAUCGUUGAACUUCCCACUUUACAAAACGAUACUAUUUCUCUCCGUCUCGCAAUAGCCUCCAUAAACGACUCCCUCCUCACAUGGUCCCAUACCAACACCCGCUAUAUCAUCCCGCAAGGCCUAACAACCGAAACCCUAAGCCGCCUCCAACUCGUCGCAGAAUGUUUCCGCGACGCAGGAUUCAUAUACCUCCACUCCAUCCUCGAACGAAUGCAAACCCAACCCCAACCCCAACCCCAACCACGAACAACCGCCGAUACCCCCUCCCUCGCGGAAACCGAAAUCGAAUUAACUUCAUUAAUUUCCAUACCCAAAGCCAUCGCCAUUGACAGAUGUCUCUCGCGCAUUGAAUCACUUCACCUGGACGACCACUGCGAGUACUCGGCACUCACAUUCCCGCUAUUCAUCUCAGGCUGUGAGAGCGAGGUCUUGGUGCACAGAGAUCUCGUCGUCAAUUCACUGGCUAAAUUGCAGAGUAAUUUCGGAAUUGGGAAUACUCAGCGUGCGAAAGAGGUACUUAGGAUUCUGUGGUCGAGAAGGGAUGCCUAUACUCGAAAUUCGACUGGCAAGAAGAUGGAGAAUGUGCAUUGGUUUGAUAUUUUGGAGGAGUUGCAGUGGGAUUUGACACUUGCUUGA